CCUUUUCAAUUGGUUCCCUUUUUUCUUAUUACACUACUAGUGUUCCUUCUUCAUUCAGCCCGUUCCUUCAUAUGUAAUGUAAUGUAACCUAUCUCACUACAUACAAAAACGUUAUACUGUGGGAUUUGAAUAGUGGACGCUGCGCUAGGUACCUAGCAACAAUCUGUCCCUGACGUCCUUCGGGGGGGGGGCCAUCGUUUUCCUCCUGUGUACAUACCUACACUUCCCGAAUUCAAACUUGAGGUUGUGAAUGUUAACUCGUCUACGUCGGCGAAUAUGGAUAGCUAGCUUAGCUAGUGCUGCUUAAAGCUGUCUCGAAUUGCUGCUGAUAUAUAAGCCCCGUACGGGAUAAUCAUAACGACAGCCAGCUAUAUCCCAUAUAUCCCAUAUCGGUCUUGUGUUUCCAACUAUAGCUCGUCUUCCACCUCGACGACAUAUCUGGUCUAAAGGACAAGUACUUCCGAUACGAUACGAUACGAUACGAUUUCUAUACACAGCUAAACACCGUCGUCAAUAUGCCUCCCGACCACGAAGCUCAAGAGCCUAUGCUCUCCGUCUCACACCCACCCUCACACUCGCCAUCUCCCUCUCCCUCUCCCUCCCCGACGCCCCCGUCUCCUCUUCCGCCAUGGGUACGCCCGAACUUACAACGGCCUACAUCCAACUCGCAGCGCCUCUCAACACCGUACUCCCGCUCCGCAGCCAACAACGACUCCUCCGAGCCCUUCGGCCGCCGCAUAAUGCGCGCCAGCGUAUCCUUCUCCGACAAGAUGCUCAAGCUAUUCUACAGCAUGACCCUCGUCCAACGCAUCAUCGCCGUGUCCGCCCUGGUCGUCGUCAACGUCCUCCUGAUCCUGUUCCUCGUGUACUCGCACCGCAUCUUCGCCGCCCUGGCCCCUAUCGCUAAGGGUUGGCGCGCGCUGCCUGGUGGGUGGGUGAUUGUGUUUCUGAUGACGUGCGCGUCGGGAUUCCCCCCUAUGAUCGGGUAUAGCACUUGCAUCACCAUCGCGGGUUUCGUCUACGGGUUCCCCGGUGGCUGGCCCAUCGUCGCUAGUGCCACUGUCUUCGGGUCUACCGCCGCGUUCCUCGCCAGCAGGACGAUAUUCAGCGGAUACGUGCACUCGCUAGUCGGCGCGGACAAGCGAUUCGUCGCUUUAGGACAAGUCCUCCGCCGAGACGGAUUGUUAGUCCUAGCCGCUAUCCGCUUCUGCCCGCUGCCGUUCAGUCUCAGCAACGGGUUCCUCGCCACAAUCCCCAGCAUUUCGCCGUGGCGCUUCGCGCUCGCAACAGCCAUGGCUUCCCCCAAGCUUCUCGUGCACGUCUUCAUCGGCAGCCGGCUGGCCCUACUCGCCGAGAGCGGCGAUACCAUGAGCGCAGGCGACAAGGCCAUCAAUUACCUAAGCAUGCUGCUCGGCAGCGCCGUGGGGAUUACCCUCAGCCUGUUUAUAUACCGGCGCACGAUGGCGCGUGCCAGAGAACUUGCGCGCGAAGAGGCUGCUGAGAACGGAGUCGCGAUAGACGAGGAACUAGACGAGGAGUUGGAUCUAGGGUAUGGAGACUUAGAAGAGGGAAGACGGCAGCGGGCUGGGGAGGCGGAUGAGGCGGCGCUCAUGGAUGAUGACGAUAUCUCGCUGUGGGAAACGGAUGCUGUUGACGGAGGAGGAUACAGGGAUGAGACGGAGGAGGAAGAUGCUGCCGGAAACGGGAAUAGAAAGGUUUCCCACGGAGAGCAUCGAUAGAUAGAUAGAUAGAUGGGCAUUGUCGACCGUUUGCAAGUUUACCAAGGAAUUCGUUCGUGUACGAAAUACGGGAUACAAUAGGCGUCUGGCGAGUUGAGAGCAUAAGAAAGGGCGGAUCAGUUACAAGUUUGGCAUUUUGGAGUGUACGGCAUAAGAUGGAUGGGAAUAUUGAAUCGCAUUAGCUAGAAGGGAUAGGCGCCUAGGUAGGCAGGCAGGCAGGCCAUUUUGAUUUUGCUUGUGGAAAAGAAUAU